AUGGACAGAGAACAAGAAGACAUGCAAUUCCUAGGCCUCUUCGGCAUCUACCUGGAGUCCUUCAAGAUCAUCUUCAACUUCAGAAGAACCUUCAGCAAGAUAACCCUGGCCCUGAUCCUCCCUCUCUCCCUCAUCUUCCUCGCCCACAUCGAGGUAUCCGAGUUCAUCCUCUCCAAGAUCAUCCGCACGGAGCACUAUAGAUACCGAGUCCGAGAGGGUACUUACCGGUACGCCAAGCUCUCCGACCGCCUGUCCUCCGAGCGGGCCGCGUUCUGGCUCGUCAACUUCGCCUACUUCACCUUCUUCCUCGUCUUCUCUCUCCUCUCCACCUCCGCGGUGGUCUACACCGUGGCCAGUAUCUACACUGGCCGCGACGUGACCUUCAGAAAAGUGAUGAGCGUCGUUCCCAAGGUUUGGAAACGGCUCAUGGUGACUUUCUUGUGCGCUUUUCUAGCGUUCUUCCUCUACAACGUGGUUGCUGGGCUAACCAUAAUUGUGCUGCUAUUCAUAAUUAUUUUGAGCUUCCCAACUGAGUAUACUGACAAAAUUGUUCUAUUUUUUUCUUUUGUCAUCAUGAUCUUGUACGCCGUGGGGUUCGUGUACAUGACCUUGGUCUGGCAACUGGCCAGCGUCGUAUCAGUGUUGGAAGACAUCAAAGGGUUCAAGGCCAUGAUCAAGAGCAGAAACUUGAUCAAGGGCAAGAUGUGGAUAGCCAUGGUCAUCUUUUUCAAGCUGAAUCUCGCCAUGAUGGGGAUACAGAUACUUUUCAAGAGCGUCGUUGCGGAGAGAGGAACGUUCGGCAUCGCGGGCAGGUUGGGGUUCGGAUUCCUGUGCGUAUUGAUGCUCUUCAAGGUGUUCUUGUUCGGGCUCGUUAUCCAGACGGUGAUCUACUUCGUGUGCAAAUCGUACCACCAUGAGAACAUCGACAAGUCGUCGCUGUCGGAUCAUCUCGAGGUUUAUCUAGGCGAGUAUGUUCCUCUUAAGGCCAAGGAUGUUCAGCUUGAACAAUUCGAAGUGUGA